AUGGAUGUUCAAGGAAUGAAUGUCUUGCCAACAGGCAGAAAAUUAGAAACCAUAUCUAAUGGAGCCACUAUGAGCACGAAUACCAACAAUAGGUUUCGACCUUCGCUUACUGACGCUCUACCUGUCGAAAUGAUCCAGGCUGUUUGUGAAUAUCUGCACCAGGAAGAUCUGGUGAAUUUUCGAUUGGCGAAUCAUAUCUGUGCCGGAGCUGGUAUGGAUAGUCUCGUCCAAGAUAUAUAUGUUAUAUUCACCAGAGAGAGUUUUGAAAAACUACUUAACAUCUCAAAUCACCCUGAGAUAUCGAAGCGUGUCAUGGCAAUACACUAUGACCCAUUUAAAUUUAUCCCAGUGAGUGAAGAUCAAUAUGGCGACAUGUCGGCUCCAAUUAUCUUUCCAGAUACCCUAGAGGAAUCCAACCCAAGCCCGGAGUACCUGAUCGACCUAGCCCGUGGUUUCGAAGCUCACAAAAAGAUUCGUGAAGAACAAGCUUUGAUGACGAAGAGCAAAUUUAGUACAUGGGUAUUUUCACAAGUACUACCAAAUUUCAGCUCACUGAAAAAGUUUAUCAUGGCAGACUGCGAUUUCGAGCAAUCCGAUCGUUUAAGAUCGGAUUCCAGCCCUAUACCAACCCACCGCGGCUGUGGGAAUUAUUAUGAGGAGCGUCGAGAAGAAGCUCUAAUGUUUCUUGCUACUGCUGCUACCGCUGGUACGAAGCUGGAGUAUCUUGAUCUCGAUGUGGUGGAUUUUGACAUGCUACUGGGAGCCUCGAUUAGCACCAACAUAUUUCCAGAUGGAUCAGAUGCUCGGUAUCUUCGCUAUCUUAGUGUUAGAGGAAUGAACUCUACUUCUCAGAAUUUCAAUCGCGGACUAAGACAAUUACUACGAGCCACAUCGAACCUCGAACAUCUAUCCAUCGACAAAAGAUUUUAUGCCGCUGGAUCUUUGGAAAUGGACUGGGACGUUGUCUUAGUGGGCUUAAAACUGCCAUAUUUGAAAAGCGUGCAAUUCUCAAAUAUAGGGGGCAAGCCAUCAUCCCUUACCGAGUUUCUUGAGAGGCAUGCUAGAACUCUAAGGAGUCUAAAACUCACGAACUGUGACUUGGAAGGAACCGUCGCCGACUGGGCAGAUAUUUUCGACAAAAUCAUGAUUCAUCUGACCCUUGAAACAGUCUCUUUCGCUUGGCUGGCAGGCCUUGUGCGCACCGGCUUCGAAUCGAUCGACCGCCAGGUCAAAUUGAAUCAUAAGUACCGUAGCCUCGUCUUUCAAGUAUUACUCGAAGAUCGUCUUACCCACAAGAAUCUUUUGGCGAAGGAAUGUUCUCUCACCCCAAGUGUACUUUGGCGGGACUAUCUCUCCUAUGUGAAGGCUCAAACUCACAAGGCAGCGGCAACAUUUGCAGAGCUCGAUUCUCAAGGCCUUGAGUGGAGUGAUCGAGAUGAUGAUGAGUCGCAUCUCAUGGAUUUCAUCUAA